AGCAAGAAGAGCGAGGUGUGCGGUGUUCAGUCUAACAACGGUUUGAUUGAUUUGGAUGAUCUAACCGCGAGUAACACCCAACUAAUCUCGUUGUGCGACGACGACGACGAUCUUGUACUCACAAACAAUACGCGUAACGAGCUCGAGGGCGACGACAAGAGCCUGCAGGAGUUGAUAGAGAGCGAGCUGGCGCUGAGGAUCUGCUCGAGCAGCACCGACGACGAAGCCGUCGAGGAAACCGAGAAUGUCGUCACCCAACCGGAGACGAUCAAGAGGAUCGUCCUGGACCGCCGGCAGGAUCCCGUCGACGUUAACGCGGGGUUCAUAGCGGCCGAGAGCGAACAUUAUUCCUUGAUCGAGGAACCGUACGGCCAUCGAAACGGUCAUGUGUCUCCACACGUCGACGUCGAGGUCGUGAAGCCAGAACCGGUGCGCUUCCACGACGAGGAAGAGGAUCAGGCGUUCGUCGAGCAGCCGGAAGCCGGCGUUGCGCCGAUAAUUAUUCAGAAAACGAACGAAAGCGAUCAGGAGUCGAGCCGCGACGAAGUCGUCGACGUUAGCAACGACAGCGAGUGUCGGGCGAUCGUCAAGGAAGUCGUACCUCCCACGGAUGAUCCAGAUUCUAGCAAUGUCACGAGCGAUCUCGUAGACGGACCGAGCUCCCAAUCUUUCCCGAUUCCCGCGAGUUGUCCCGUGGACAAGUACCAACGGGAGGAGGAACUGGUGCAGAAGAUGGCAGAUGACACGGAUCUGCUUCGCACCGAUGUCGAGCAGGAAAGGAAGAACGCGGACGUCGAUGUUCCGGACACGUGGAUCGAGCAGGCGCCACUUUCAGACGGCCAGCAGGCCGGUCAGUUCUCCGACAACUUCGACGAGGCGCCUUAUUCGCAGGAUCGAAGCCUCGAGGAGCAGAAAUCCCCGUCGACGAACGAAGAAUCUUCCACAAACGAACAUAUCGACAUACUUAAUGAUUCCUACGGAGACCCUCGUGUCGAGGAAGAGGAGAUUCCGGGGUCGCUGAUCCGCCGGGACAAAUCGUCGCCCUCCGAAACGCUCGAAGAGGCCGACUCGAAGCUGGAGGACUCCCGUCUCUCCGACGACGGCGUCAUCAGCCAGUCCGAGAUGUCCGCGGAGACGGCCAGCACGCAGGAAUUCCUCGACACGGAACGCCGCGUGCUGAACGAGGAAUCCGAUCACGAGACACCGCAGAUCGUGGUGACGUCGGAGAUCACCGAAUCGCAGGCAACGUCGGAAUCGAUCCUGGAGAACGAAAGUUCGCCGGAGUGUCCCGUAGCGGAGGACACGCAGAAUCCGGUGGACGAGUCCUCGAGCGAGUUCUCGGCGUCGGACUCGACCUUCAUCGAGAAGACCGAGGUCGUGGUGUCGGACACGAGCGUGACGAUCUUCUCGGAGACGAGGCAGCUCGUCGCCGGGCAGAUCGGGAAUCUCGACUCGUGGACCACGGUCGAGGAGGCCACGAAAUCGCCGGGCGAAAGAGACGUGCCGACCGCGGCGGAACGCGGCGGUGACGUUAACGACGCGACGUGGGGCGACAACGAGGGGAAGCAAGACGAUUGCCUCGCACCCUCGUCCCCCCGCGCGCCCCUGGCCACCCCGGACGAGACGGAGACGAGCGAUGUUUCUAACGCCUGCGACAGCGAGAGCCGCGAGGAAACGGUGACCACAAGUUCCGCCGUGGUGACCUCCUCGAAGGGCGGGACCAAAACGAAGAAGAAGAAGAUCGAGGGCGUCGCUGGAAACGAUGCCACCUCGCCGAACCUUACGCCGCGCACAAAGAAAACCAAGAAGAGCAAGAAGAACGAUCUCGAGAAGGAGAACAUCUCCGUGAACUGUAGCUUACGAGACGCAAGCAUGCAUACGGGCACUCGGCGAUCGCAUUCGGAGAUGAUCGAUUUUUCCGACGAGGACGAUUUAUCGAACGUCAAUGUUAAGUCAUUGACACAGAACUAUGUCUCGGAGACGAGUCGUAGCGAUCAGGAGAAGUUGCGCAGGGAGCGGAUCGCGACUGGCGUAUCCAUCAAGCAAUUAUGUCGCAGCUUUGGCGACAUCUCGAACAUGAGCGACGGCGAUCAGGCGACCUUCGGGAAAGCGAGCCACGCGAUGGAAACCGAGGAGAAAUCAAGCUUUAACAAAUUCGACGCUCUUACGAAGAAGACAGUUCUUCACGUACGUUCGGUCGAUGCGGCGAAAGUCCAACAGCAGCUGAAUGCCGUGGGCCAGAAUGCCGAUGCGAAUACGAAUUGUCGCAGCUGCGGCAAGGUCGUGUUCCAAAUGGAGCAGACAAAGGCCGAGGGUCUGGUCUGGCACAAGAAUUGCUUCCGGUGCGUGCAGUGCAGCAAGCAGCUCAAUGUAGACAAUUAUGAGAGCCACGAGAGCACGCUCUACUGUAAGCCACACUUCAAGGAGCUCUUCCAACCGAAACCGGUCGAGGAGUCCGACCAGCCCGUGCGACCUCGAAAGCCGGAGCUGAUCAUACGGGAGAACGAGCCGAAAGAGUUGCCGCCCGAUGUGGUCAGAGCUUCCGACAAACCCGAUCUGGGACUCGAGGAACUCUCAAGCCUGAACGUCAAGUCGCGCUUCCAGGUCUUCGAGAAAGCCAGCACGGAGAACGCCAAUGAGAUCGAACGAUCGCCGUCACAGAUCGCCGUCAAGAGAUCGCCGAGUAUUCUCAGCAAACUGGCCAAAUUUCAGGCAAAAGGCAUGGACAUUGGUGUAGCGGACGAAUCUCUCAAUGGCAUACCCUACGAGGAAUCCAGCGAAAGUGAGGACGAAGCGGAGACGGAGGAAACCGAAGAAGUGGAAACCGAAAUCGUAAAGUCAAAACGCACCACGCGCGAACGACCGAUCAGUUUUUCGAAGAUGGACGACAUCAAGAAUCGUUGGGAGACCACCAGCCAACAGGGAAGGCGCGAGGUUCAGCGCGAGGCUAGGAAGGAAGAAAUCGCAGGAAUCCGCUCGCGAUUAUUCUUGGGCAAACAGGGUAAAAUGAAGGAGAUGUAUCAACAGGCGGUAGCCGGAAGCGACCGCGUUACGAAGAUAAACGCGGCGGAGGAGAUCCAGCACUCGACUGCCCACGCUCGUUCCCUCAAAGAGAGAUUCGAACGGGGCGAGCCAAUCGCGGCCUCGGACGAUGAAACUGACAGUAAACCGAAACCGGAGAAAGCCGACGAGGAGGUGAUCGCAGCAGGUAUCAGCAGGAAGUCACGGUCGCUCUUUUUGGAACUGGACGCCUCUGCAGCGAAAACAGGACGUCCCGUGACGCCAGUCCAUCCAAAAACGCCAACCGAAACUCCACGACGUGCACGUGACGCGUUCAUGGGCCGUCAAGUCUCAGACGAUGUGGUGCGCAGCUCGGACACGACCGAGGAGGUCCACGUAGAAACGUCGGAAAUUACGAACAAGUUCAAAUUCUUCGAGACUUAUAAGGAACCGGAGAAACAGCGGAAGCAGUUUCGCAUUACGCCGCCACGCGACGGUCAAGUCAAGAUGGAUUCACCGGAUCGCGAGAUUUACCGCGAUCCAGACGUGGUCAGAGCCGACGACAGGGUGGACGAGGUGGUGCACACGGACACGGCGAGGAAGAUGCUGUCCAUAUUUCGGCAGAUGGAGGAAAACGCGUCCAAGGAAGAACUGCCGGAUGGUCCGAAACCCUUGAAACGCUUCACACCGCCUCCCGAGGAUAAAUUCGCCAAAGCGACGGCUUCGGAUUCGGAGGAGGGCGAGGACGAAGAGGGUGAGGAGUCCGACGGUGACGAAAGCGCCGAGGAUAGAGAUCCCAACUACGUUCGUGCUUCUGACAAGGUGGAGGACGAGUUCUUGAAACAGGCGCAGAACGCGGCGCGCGCCAAGACCCUACGUGCUAAGUUCGAGCAUUGGGAGGAGACCGACGGCAAGGUCAGCAAUCACCAUAUCGCCGAAAUGGAGAUAGCCCAGGGUACGGGCGAACAGUCCAGCAUAGAGUCGGCGAGCAGUCUCAGAGCUCGUUUCGAGUCCCUCGGCUCGCAGGCCAACGAGUCUCCGCGCGCACCGAAGGUCAAAGUCAAUCGAUUUGUGGAGAUCCAGACGACCUGCGCGGAGGUGUGCGAGAGCUGCGAGAAGAAGGUCUACCCCUUGGAGAAGGUCGAGACAAAUAACAAAAUCUUCCAUAAGCAAUGCUUCCGGUGUCUCCAGUGCAAUUGCAUUUUAAGGAUGGACUCCUUCACUCUGAAUAACGGCAAGCUGUACUGUAUCCCGCACUUCAAGCAACUCUUCAUCACACGGGGAAACUACGACGAGGGCUUUGGCGUCGAUCCGCACAAGAAUAAAUGGGCGACGACGAACUCCAGCAACUCCACGAGCCCGUCGCCGAUCGCGGUUUCGAACGGCGAUCUCUGAUUUUCCAAGUCUUCCACCUCAAUCCUUUCCCUAGCUAUACAUCGCUAUUGAAUUUUAGUCGAAUUUUAUGAAACGGAUAUUGAAUUUUAUGAACGGAUCUAGAAUGGAGAUUUGAAGGGAAUUGUCCCUCUCGGAAGUACAUUGCGGGAUGGUUCAACCACCGUGGAAGAGAUAAAAUAUAUCUUUUACGAUUUUGACGUUUCCCUCGUGGGCAGUAAGCUAGAUCCGCCUAUAGUCGGAACGCGAUGAUGAAUACGAUAAAUUGUACAUUUUUAUUACGUUAUUCCCGCGUAAUUGUAUAUUUAAUGGUAAUUGGAAUCAAUCGCGAUGAGAUCGGAGACUCGUUUCGGUCUCCCUGCACGCGAAAAUCUCUUUAUCUGUUCGAAUUUUUCUAAUCUUGCCAGGCACGCUGAACAAAUGAAUCGAAAGGAUGCCUACGAUCGACGAUCGCAUUUUCUUCGUUGUUCGAGAACGUAAAUCGAGAACGCAAAUACGAUUUAGGCUGCGGUCCACUUAACACUACAAAUGCUUCGAAGCAUUUUUCUUCUCCUUUCUUUCAAUGAACAAAGAAAAUAACAAAGAACGCUUCGAAGCAUUUGUAGCAUCAAAUGAACCGCAGCCUCAAAUUGUACUGAGGAAGUGACAAAAAAUACGCGCGUUUUUUUGGUCUGUUAAAUCACGCUAAACUGAAGUGUAUUCUAAACUUUAUAAUGAAAACUCAAUGAAAAAGAGAAGAAAUUGAUUCCGAUAUGCGAUGUGCUACAGAAUGUUUUUUCAAUUCUAAACCUUAUUGUCAUCGCUCACUAUAAAAAUUUGCUUUUGAUAUUUGUUACUAUUAUUAUUUUAUUGAUUUUAUUAUUAUUAUUAUAUUAUAAUUAUUAUUAAUAUUAUUUACGUGCGUCGCACUUGGUAUUAUUUUAUUAUAUAUGUUGUAUAAUACAAUAUUACAUUACGCUUCGUGAAUCUUGUAUCCGAACCUGUCCCUCAAUAAAUAAGAGUUUUAUACAUC